AUGAGUUGGAACGUUAGAGGACUGAAUAAGUUGAAUAAACAGAAGAUGGUUAUGGAAGUUUGUCGGAUGAAUAAAGUUGGGAUUGUGACUCUCCUUGAAACAAAAAUCAAGGGAGCUAAAAUUAAAGAAAUUAUGAGUUCUACUUUUUUUGGUUGGGAUUUUUACAGUAGUGAGGCUGUGGAAGGUCGUAUUCUAGUGAUUUGGAGAUCUAAUUUGGUGCAGCUUGCAGUGUUGCAAGAGAGCGACCAAUUCUUACACUGUCAAGUGAGAUUUUCUAAUAAAACAGAUUUAUGUCUUACUUUUGUUUAUGGCUCUAAUAGCUUGGAGAUUAGGAAAAUUUUAUGGAAUGACUUAUCUCAGUUGAUUUGUCCUAGUAAAGCUUGGAUGAUUCUUGGGGAUUUUAAUGUCGUGUUUACUCUGAAAGACAGGUUGGGGGGCAGGCCAAUCACUGUGAAAGAAAUGGAUGAUGCUAGGCAAUGGUAUGAUCUUGGUUUGGUUGAAGAAAUGAAGAUUAUGGGUCCUUUCUAUACCUGGUCUAAUAAUCAAGAAGGAGAAUCUCGCAUCUUUUCCAAGUUGGACAGAGUUUUCAUUAACGAUACUUGGCUGGAACAGUUCCCUUCAGUCACGGCUUAUUCUCAAUGGGAGAUUGGUUCAGACCAUUCUUUAAUCCUGAUAAAGCAUAUGCCUGCUCUACGAGUUGGGGUGCAACCUUUUCGAUUUUAUAAUAUGUGGAUCACUCACCCUCAGUUUAGAAUUAAAGUUCUAUCUAGCUGGAAGCAAUCUUUAAGAUUCAAGGGUAGAGGUCUAGAUCAAAUCUGCUGGAAACUCACCCGGCUGAAGCAUAUAUUGAAAAAGUUUAAUUGGAAGGCAAUGGGGGAUGUAGCUUGUAACUAUGAGAGGAGUAAACAUUUAAGGAAAAGGAAGUUAGCUAACCGAAUAGUCUCUUUUGUUACUGCUGAAGGACAGAUUGUAGAUGAUUAUGAUAAAGUUACAGCUCACUUUCUGCAGCACUUUAAAAGUUUUUUGGGUACUCCCAGUCAUGCUACAGGGGUUAUUGAUAUUCAAGCUAUAAGGUUUGGCUCAGUUUUGAACAGUGAUGCCCAGCUGAAUUUGAUAAAGCCUUUCACUGUUAAAGAGGUUAAAGCUACGAUGUUUAGUAUCCAUUCUCUUAAAAGCCCGGGUCCGGAUGGUUAUGGAGCAGGUUUUCUUAAAGCUUUAUGGAAGGAUAUUGGUAAGGAAAUUGCUUUGGCUGUUCUGGAAUUCUUUGAGACAUCUAGUAUUCCUCAGCCAUUAAAUAAUACUCUGUUAUCUUUAAUCCCGAAAGUGACCCAACCAAUGACUGCUUCUGAUUUUAGGCCUAUUGCUUGCUGCAACACUAUAUAUAAAUGUAUAUCUAAAAUGUUGUGCAAUAGGCUUAAUCUUGUUGUGCCUUUGUUGAUAAACCAGAAUCAGGGGGCCUUUGUUAAAAAUCAUUUUCUAGCCCAUAAUGUGCUUAUACUUCAAGACUUGCUUAAAGAUUAUAACAGGAAGAAUUGUUCCCCUAGGUAUCUUAUGAAGAUUGAUAUAAGCAAGGCUUAUGACUCAAUUGACUGGGAUUUUUUGGAGAAUCUUCUAAAUGCUUUUUGCUUUCCGAAGAGGUUUAUAAGAUGGAUCAUGGCUUCUAAGGAAAAAGAGUUCAAAUUUCACCCCUUAUGUAAAUCCUUAAAUCUGGUCAGCCUCUAUUUUGCCGAUGAUCUCCUUCUAUUUUCCAAGGCUACCCCGAAUUCAAUCAAAAUAUUGCAGCAAGUGUUCACAGAUUUUACAAAGGCAUCGGGGCUGUCUAUUAAUCAUAGCAAGUCUAAAAUCUUUGUUGGUGGUAUUUCUGCUGGGGACAAACAAUCUUUGCUUCAGAUUUCUAACCUGUCUGAAGGGCAAUUCCCUCUGAACUACUUAGGUGUUCCUUUGAGACCUACAAAAUGGAGAGCCAUUGAUUGUGAAAUUAUCAUUGAUAAAAUGAGAUCUCGGCUGUCUGGUUGGGCUAAUUGCCAUCUUUCCUAUGUUGGUCGGGUUCAACUCAUUAACUCAGUUUUGAUGGGGAUUCGAGCUUAUUGGAUGCAUAUCUUUUUGUUACCUCAGAAAGUAGUCAAAGCGAUAGACUGUCUUUGUAGAAAGUUCCUUUGGGGUGAGAAGAAUAACAGAAGUAAAUUUCACAGGGUCUCUUGGGAUCUUGUUUGUAAACCGAAAUGCUGUGGUGGUUUGGGUUUCAAAGAUAGUGCUUCUUGGAACAAGUUAAUGUUGGCUAAGUUUAUUUGGGCUGUUUCUUCCAAGCAGGAUAUGCUUUGGGUUAAAUGGAUCAACUGCAUUUAUCUCAAAGGAUCUUCAAUUUGGGAUUAUCUUUUGAAGCAUGAUACUAGUUGGUAUUGGAGGAAAAUAGUUAACUUCUGUCAAUUUUUGUCAAAAUCUGUGUUGGAGACUGCUGUGAGGAAUGGUAAGCUUCAGCUGGGCAGACUAUAUUCAGUGGUCUUUCCUAGCUCCCUGGUGCACUAUGACAAGACUGUUUGGUGUAGGCUCUCGGCUCCUAAACAUCAAUUUAUCCUCUGGCUUGCAGUGAAUCAGAAAUUGCCUACUAGAGAUUGGCUAAAUUACUGUCAUAUUCCUCUUACUUCCUUGAACUGUCCAGUUUGUUUUCAAGCAGAGGAAAGCCAUUCCCAUCUGUUUUUCGAUUGUAUUUUCUCCAGGAAAGUGAUUCAUUCAGUCCAAGAAUGGCUGAGAGGGUUUGCUUGGCCAGUUCAAUUCCAGAACUGGAUUACUUGGCUGUCCUUGCCUCAGUCUAGCUGGUUUUCGAAGGUGAUCACUGCAGCUUGUGCUGCCUCUGUCUACCUCAUUUGGAUGAAUAGAAAUAAGUGUUGGAUUGAGAAAAGUUGCAUCCCGGUGCAUAGGAUUGAUCAACUGAUUCGUUUUUCUAUUAAAGUAAGAAUUAUGAAUUUAGUUGGUUGUAAUUGUUCUCCCAGAGAAAAACAAAUGCUGCAUUUUGUUAGUUUACUGUAA